AAACGAAUCCUUUCUCAAAAUGUCUAUGGAAAAUGUGAUUCCCUUCGAGGAACUUGAAAGGAAAAGAAAAAAAUCUGCUGCCAGAAGACUCAAGGAAAAGGAGCAGCAAGCUCUGGCUGAGCAGGAAGUCGAUGAAUCAUCAGCCAUGGCAGUGAUCAAUGAGAUUUUCAAUCCCAAAUUGAAGAUACCCAAAACCGUCGGUCACUAUACAGUUCCAGAUGAAGUGCAUGCCGGCGACGUGAAUGUACUCAAGGAUCUCGAUGAGAAGAAACUACUUGAAUUGAAAGAGGUUUUCCUUCUUUUCGAUGCCGACCAGGAUGGCUUGAUUUCGCGCGAUGAUCUCAGGAUAACUUUUCUGGCACUAGGCGGUGAGGCACCAGAGGAUAUGCUCGACGAGAUGAUAAAGGAGGCCAAAGAGCCAUUGGACUAUGAUGCAUUUGUGGAGCUCAUGGGUUUCCGGACGAUUGAGCUGGAUCCCGAGGAUGUCCUAUUGGAAGCGUGGAGCAAAUGGGACGACGAAAAAACUGGGUUAAUUGAGGAGAAAAAGAUAUACGAGGAGUUAACCAACUAUGGGGAUAAAAUGUCUACAUCUGAGGCCAAAGAGGCACUUUCCAGGGCUCCAAUGGCAAAACCUAAAACACUAGAAGAACCAUCGAUGAUUGAUUAUCCUGCAUUUUGCCGAAUGUUGUCUGGACUGCGAAAGAGAAAAACUUAA